UGGUUUCCACUCGACUGGUUUUUGGCGUUGCAUCAGAGAACAAGGAGGAGAGGGAAGGAAGAAGAAGAGGGGAGCAGAAGGAUAGGCAGAAAGCAGGUGAACCUGUAACCAUAUAACUUGAUAACUGAUCAGCUUUAGAAAGAGGUGUAUUGUGCUGGAUGCGAGUUUAUAUUUUUAGGAGAAACAGAUGGAAUCUGAAGAGAAUCUGCUGAAUGUUUUUCUGCAGCUGCUGCUGAUCGGCUCUCACUUCACUCUGGUGGGUCCCUCACCCCCUGAGGAGGGCUGGCAGGUCUACAGUUCAGCUCAGGACUCUGAAGGUAGAUGUGUUUGCACAGUUGUGGCUCCACAGCAGACUGUGUGCUCCAGAGAUGCUCGAACCAAACAGCUUCGACAAUUGCUGGAAAAGGUUCAGAACAUGAGUCAGUCUAUUGAGAUUCUGGACCAGCGGACGCAGAGGGACAUGCAGUUUGUCGAGAGGAUGGAGGUCCAGCUGAAAAGUCUUGAAAACAAAUUCAAACAAGUUGAGGAGGGACAUGAGAGCAACAUUGCCAGGCAGUACAAGUCCAUUAAAGCAAAGAUGGAGGAGCUGCGUCCUCUUAUCCCAGUUCUGGAGGCUUAUAAGGCGGAUGCUCUGCUGGUCCAACAAUUUAAAGAGGAAGCAGCGAAUGUGACAGAGCUGCUGGGAUCACUGCAGGAACAACUUGGAGGACUGGACUACCAGGAGCUCCACAGCCGGGUGAUGGACCUAGACAACCGUCUGCGCGCCUGCAUGCAGAGGCUUGCUUGUGGCAAACUUACCGGAAUAUCUGAACCAAUAACAAUGAAAACAUCUGGGUCCAGAUUUGGUUCAUGGAUGACAGACCCACUGGCUCCAGCUGGAGACAACAGAGUGUGGUACAUGGAUGGUUAUCACAAUAAUCGCUUUGUCAGGGAGUACCAGUCAAUGUAUGACUUCAUGACAACAGAUAACUUCACGUCCCAUCGCCUGCCUCAUCCAUGGUCUGGUACUGGACAGGUUGUUUAUAAUGGAUCCAUUUACUAUAACAAGUUUCAGAGUCACACCAUCAUCAAAUUUGACUUCAGCACCUCACUUAUCAGUCGCUCACGACAGCUCGACUUUGCUGGUUACAAUAACAUGUACCAUUACUCAUGGGGUGGGCACUCUGACAUCGACCUCAUGGUGGACGAAAGCGGGCUCUGGGCCGUGUAUGCAACCAAUCAAAAUGCUGGUAACAUUGUUCUUAGCAAAUUAAGUCCAAACACUCUACAAAUCAUCCGCAGUUGGACAACCAACCACCCAAAACGGAGUGCUGGUGAGGCCUUCAUGAUCUGUGGAACAUUGUAUGUCACCAAUGGUUACUCAGGAGGAACAAAAGUGUACUAUGCCUACUCCACCAACUCUUCCACCUAUGAAUAUAUUGAUAUUCCCCUGACCAACAAAUACAGCCACUUGUCCAUGCUUGACUACAAUCCUAGAGACAGAGCACUUUAUGCCUGGAACAACGGCCACCAAGUUCUGUAUAAUGUAACACUUUAUCACAUAAUACAGUAACAAAGACAUCACUCUCACUAUCCCCUUAGUGUCAAAGUUUAAUUAUAUGAUUCUCACAUGAAAUUACACAUUUCCUAACAAGGAAAAAAUAAAAUUUUCAACUAGCCAUCACAUACCUUGACGUGUAGACAGCUGAAAGUGAAAAGUAAUUAAUAGGAUAAUUUAUGCGCUUCCAGGGUGGACAGAGGUGUUUCGAUCACUGACUCAAACGGAUAAAAACAGCUGAAGAGGAUCAACCUAACAGAAAAAAGACUGUUCCUGUCCCCAAUAACCAGUGUUAUUACAUCUCUUUAUUACACAAAAGUUCAAAGCUGUUUGUCAUCAUGGGGCAUUAGAGUAAGAUGUCAAGCAGUAUCAAUCAUAAACACAAAAUUAAAAAAACACACUCAGCUAUGAGAAAAUUCUGAUUUUAUUAGUAUUAGAAAUCAUCACCACUCCAGAUAAUUAAUUAGGAUGUAUGAAGUGAAUGUUACCCAGAGCUUUUGGCUUUGUAUUUCUAAAAAUCAUACCAACUUUAAAGCUGGCCUGUUAAAAAUAUUUCUGUUCUCAGUCAUAAAAUAAAUAAAUAAUAAAUGGUUAUUGACAUUGUGACAUCUAAUUCUUUAAAAACUAAUCUGUUACUUUAAAGGAGUCAAAAAAGUACAAGUGUUUCAAAUUUAAGAAAUCUUACAUGAACCCAAUACAGCUGCUUUUUCUAUUAUGCCAAAUCAAAGACUCAUCAGGCCUUUCUCGGUGCUGGAAACACCAAACAAAGCGCUGGACUGUUAACUUUUAAAUGUUGAAAUUUUAGUUUAUUGUUAAAUCAUCAUUUUUAGGUAAUUGACUCUAAUCUUUUCACACAGUUCCUUUUAGGACAUUAAGAACAUGGUUAAUUGGCUUUCUAACUGACAACAAAAUGAACAGAGGAUAAUGAGUUUUCCGGGACUAUUUUCUUUUGAAUGUAAAACUCACAGUUGAAUUUAAUGAUUUUUUUCUGAAUGUGACUUAUAAAACUGCAAUAGUUUUACUGUGCUCUUUUCCAAAAAUAUUAUUGUUAGAACUUUUUGUAGAACAAACAGAACUUUAAAAUCUGUAAACUUUUCUGUAACAUCAGUUUUUAGUUUGUGAAAGACUGUAAUAGCACUUUGUACUAAAAUCUUAACCCUUGCAGCUGAGUCACUAAAAAGCACCAUAAAACAUUUGAAUGAUGGUUGCUGUAUUGUUUGCUACUUUACUGAGAUUUUAGACAUGCAAGCAACAUAUAAAAAACAUUGUUAGAGAUUCAGCAAACUUACUUUAUUUACUGGCUUCUGAAAUAACAUUGUUCUUGUUGGUGUUUGGUGCCAUGUAAAGUAUUCAAAAUUAAACUAUUAAAUAUUCAUUUGAAAAACACAAUUAGAGCAUUCUUUAACAGUAGUCUUUGCUGGUCUGUUCUUAAGAGUUAUUAUUUUUUGCAAGGGGUUUGUGUGGAUUCUGUGUAACCAUUAACGGAAGUACAAGUCAUCGUAAAUGACUAUAGUAUUGUGUUGAUUUAGUAAAUAAAAUUGACAACACUG